UUACAAUUGUACUGUAUUUGUUGAAGCAUUGUCUCAAAUUAAAGCUUUUCGUUGAGUUUAGCUGUUCAUAAUGGACCCAGGAUUCUGUCCCGAGUGUGGCUCAAUCUUGCCACUGCUCAAAUCAACUAAUAAAGUUUCAUGUUACUGCUGCCAAAGUGAAUUUAAUGCUGCGGCUUUUGGAACAAUGGAAACAGAAUAUACGAUUCAUUUCAAUUCAUAUGAAAAUAAGAAAUCAGAUCAAGCAGACCGCGUUGAGGGAGAAGCAGCAGAAGGGCCAAUUGUAAACAGGCAGUGUCCCAAGUGUGGUAAUGAUCAGAUGUCGUACGCCACUUUACAACUUCGGUCAGCGGACGAAGGCCAGACCGUAUUUUUCACAUGUACUAAGUGCAAGUACAAAAUGUCGGAAAAUUCAUAGACCGCAUAGCUCCGCAGAGUAAGGAUGAAAAUGUCUACGCGAAUCAACUAUCGUUAACUCCAUAAGGUCCAGUAGCUGGACCACAUUCAUUAUAAGGUGAAGCGCGAAAAUAAUGUGUAU